AUGCCCCAUCGGCCAACCAAAGAGGAACUGCUCGAGGCCGCCAACGGCUUUUGGCAGCGUCUCAAGGUUCGUCUAAAAUGGGUGUCGAUUAGAAGUAUGAGGCCGUGGAAUAUUGAUGAAUGGGGUGCUUUUGUUUCAUGGUUUCUUUUCGGCCACCUCGCUUGGAUCAUCGUCGGCACAACCACAUUCUUCUCCCUGAUCAUUUUGUCAAUCAACACUGUUGUUGCCCAAGAAACACUCGCGCAAUGGGUAGGUGACUAUUUGACACAGUCUGCUGGCGUUACCGUUGUUUUCGAGUCUGCUAUUGUCCCCAAGUGGCGUGAUAAUGUUAUCUCUUUCCGCAACGUUUUUGUGUCCCGACGACCUGGCCAAGGCGACGUCUCGUCCGUAAGCAAAGGCUCGUCAGAUGCUGCCGCCGAGGCUGCCGCUGGCCGCAAAGCAGAUUUCGCGGGAACGUCUGAAACUGAGGACGAUGGAAACUACACUCAAUUUGACGUCACUCUUUCAACGGUCAAUGUCACGUUGUCAUUCUUGAACUGGUGGAAUGGCAAAGGACUGUUGAAAGAUGUUGAAAUCAAGGGUGUUCGCGGUGUCAUUGACCGAACUUCAGUGACAUGGCCAGCCGAGGAGGUUGAUCCUCUGUCAUAUCGUCACAAGCACCAACCAGGAGAUUUCGAGAUCGAAAAGUUCAAAAUGGAGGACCUAUUACUCACCGUUCAUCAACCAGGCGGGUUCCGGCCAUUCUCUAUCAGCAUCUUCUCUUGCGAGCUGCCCCAGCUUCGCAAGCAAUGGCUAUUUUAUGAUUUCCUUUCGGCCAACCACAUGUCAGGGUCUUACGAUGGUUCUCUGUUUACGAUCCAUCCCCGACAAGUCCACGGCGUGGUACCCAGUGGUAAUGGUGACCCAGAAGCUUCAGUUGGUUUUGGUGAUCCCAAGGCGUGGAAAAAGUUCAGUCGGCUCCGAAUUGAUGGUUUGAAGAUAGACCAUCUCAACCGCGGUGUUGAGGGGCCUUUUGGCUGGAUAUACGAAGGGAAUGUCGAUAUUGUUGCUGAUGUCAUGUUUCCCGCUGACACCGACGAGAGCAUCACCAAGGUCAUGGCCGACUUCUACGAUCAGCUUGAAGAAAUCGUCGACACAAAUAGGCACCGCUUCAUGCGCAACAUCCAAGAGCAAGGCCCUGCUCUUCUUACAUCAGGGCACCUUUCAGACUCAGCUGGAGAUAUCCACGGCGAAGAGCCACCCGUCGAGCCGCAGACAAGUGAUGAUGAGCGUCGCUACCUCAUCAUGGACCUCCGUAUCUCCAUGAACGAUGUCAAAGCUGCAGUUCCUCUCUUCACCAAGGAUAUGUCAUACGUCAAUCAGGCAUUGGUCCGCCCUAUCGUUGCUUAUAUCAACGCGAAGAAGACAUACAUCCCAAUCAAUUGCCGUAUCGUGAAACGAGCCAGCGACUUCGAUGGUAGCUGGUCGAUCUUUGACUGUGGUCUAAUGAACGAUAUGUCAGCGGAGACAUAUGAUGCAUUUGCGAAUGACGUCGAAAACCAACAGAGCCGAGUUCGGCGGUUCAAAAAGGUUGGGUUCUGGACCUUGUCGCUUGCGGUCCAUGCCCUCUUUAUGGGAAUGGCGGGCAAUGUGGUGUGA